AUGUCUUCGUUUCUCUCCUCCACUGCUUUCCUCUUCUUCGUCCUUUAUCUUGGUUUCUGCCACGUGUCCCAUGGAGCUUCUCAACAAGGAACUUACAUCGUUCACAUGGCGCAAUCUCAGAUGCCAUCGACCUACAACCUCCACUCUAACUGGUACGAUUCGUCUCUCAGAUCUAUCUCGGACUCUGCUGAAUUGCUCUACACUUACAACAACGCGAUUCACGGAUUCUCCACUCGGCUCACUCCCGAAGAAGCCGACUCACUCAUGACUCAGCCAGGUGUCCUCUCUGUUCUACCGGAGCACCGUUACGAGCUACACACCACUCGGACUCCACUCUUCCUCGGACUCGACGUUCACAACGCAGAUCUAUUCCCGGAAACCGGCGCAUCGAGCGACGUCGUCGUCGGGGUUCUCGACACCGGUGUUUGGCCAGAGAGGAAAAGCUUCUCCGACGAAGGAUUCGGUCCGAUUCCGUCUACCUGGAAAGGCGGAUGCGAGAUUGGAACUAACUUCACCGCCUCACUCUGUAACCGCAAACUAAUCGGAGCCAGAUUCUUCGCUCGAGGCUACGAAGCAACGAUGGGACCAGUCGACGAAUCUCAAGAAUCUAGAUCUCCUAGAGACGACGACGGACACGGAACUCACACGUCAUCAACCGCCGCUGGAUCCGUCGUGGAAGGAGCUAGCCUCUUAGGCUUCGCUAAUGGAACAGCUCGAGGUAUGGCUUCACGCGCUCGCGUAGCUGUUUACAAAGUUUGUUGGAAAGGCGGUUGUUUCAGCUCAGAUAUUCUAGCUGCGAUCGAUAAAGCCAUCGACGACAACGUCAACGUCUUGUCCAUGUCACUCGGCGGUGGAAUGUCCGAUUACUAUAGAGACAGUGUUGCGAUUGGAGCAUUCGCCGCCAUGGAGAAAGGGAUUUUGGUUUCCUGCUCCGCCGGUAAUGCCGGUCCGACGAGUUUCAGUUUAUCGAACGUAGCUCCGUGGAUCACUACCGUUGGUGCUGGUACUCUCGAUCGGGAUUUUCCGGCGCUCGCGAUUCUCGGGAACGGGAAGAAUUAUACCGGAGUGUCGUUGUUUAAAGGAGAAGCUCUUCCGGAUAAAUUGUUGCCGUUUAUAUACGCCGGGAACGCUAGUAAAGCUAGUAAUGGUAAUCUAUGUAUGACCGGAAGCUUAAUUUCGGAGAAAGUCAAGGGGAAGAUUGUGAUGUGUGAUAGAGGAAUCAAUGCUAGGGUUCAGAAAGGGGAUGUGGUGAAAGCGGCUGGUGGUCUCGGAAUGAUUCUGGCGAAUACGGCGGCGAACGGAGAAGAGCUUGUUGCUGAUGCGCAUUUGUUGCCGGCAACUACCGUCGGGGAGAAAGCCGGUGACAUUAUCCGGCACUACGCAUUGACCGAUCCAAAUCCUACUGCUUCGAUUUUGAUCCAAGGGACUGUCGUCAAUGUCCAGCCGUCUCCGGUGGUUGCGGCGUUUAGCUCGCGAGGACCUAAUUCAAUCACGCCGAACAUUCUCAAACCGGAUUUGAUUGCGCCAGGAGUCAACAUCCUCGCCGGGUGGACCGGAGCCGAGGGACCCACCGGUCUCGCUUCCGAUUCUCGGCGAGUGGAAUUCAACAUCAUUUCAGGAACGUCGAUGUCUUGCCCUCACGUGAGCGGUUUAGCGGCGCUUCUCAAGUCGGUGCAUCCGGAAUGGAGCCCGGCGGCGAUUAGAUCUGCUCUCAUGACCACUGCUUACAACAAUUACAAAGACGGCAAACCGAUCCUCGACAUCGCGACUGGGAAACCUUCAACGCCGUUCGAUCACGGUGCAGGACACGUGUCACCGGCAACCGCCACCAAUCCAGGACUCAUCUACGAUCUAACGACGGAGGAUUACUUGGGUUUCCUCUGCGCACUGAACUACACAUCGUCGCAAAUCAGAAGCGUUGCGAGACGGAACUACACAUGCGAUCCGAGCAAAACGCACUCCGUCGCCGAUCUAAAUUACCCGUCGUUCGCACUUAACGUCGAUGGAGCCGGCGCGUACAAGUAUACGCGCACUGUCACGAGCGUGGGAGGAGCUGGGACCUACUCGGUUAAAAUAUCUUCGGAGACGACAGCAGUCAAAAUUUCGGUUGAACCGGCGGUUUUAAAUUUCAAGGAAGCAAACGAGAAAAAAUCGUAUACAGUGACGUUUACCGUAGACUCAUCUAAGGCGUCUGGAUCUAACAGCUUCGGGAGCAUCGUAUGGUCAGAUGGCAAACACGUGGUGGGAAGUCCCGUGGCGAUUAGCUGGACAUAG